AUGCGGAACUCGCACGAGGCGGUGAACAGCAGCAGCAGAUUUAACACCAAAUUAGGUGGUCACACGAGUGGGAAAGAAACGGAAGUAGAUGGCGAUGGGUGGCAUGGAGAGAAGCUGCACAGAGCCGCGGCUGUAAUCAAUCCAACUCCUGGGAGUCGAGAGCCGCGCCGCCGACUACCGGACCGCUUUCAGAUGUUGAUAGAGGCUUUGACCCUGUUCCUUACCGUUCAGAUGCUUCGUGUUUGCGAACCCAACCCGUUUUCCGAGAGUGCGUCUGUAGUGACUGCAGUUGUCGGUCAGAUGGUUGAACUCUCCUGCGAACUCACGUACAGAUUGGAGGUCGCAAGCAAUGUGCUCUGGUACAAACAGCGUGCGGACGAACACCCGGUGGCGAUCAAAUCCACGGACUGCCAAAAGAACGGCUGUAGGACUACUUACAAAAAAGGAUCCGGCGAUCGCACAUCAGUGCUGGAAAUCCGGAAUGUUCAGGUGGAGGAUUCGGGUUUCUACUACUGUGCUGGAGUGAACAGCUAUUCGCCGUUUGUGAAAGGACCGACACUCCUGGUUGGAGACAGCUCCACCAACCUGACCUACAUGCAGGUAUUUGUCCCACCAUCUGAGGCGAACGGGUCGGUUGCCCUGGUGUGUCUGGUCGGCGGCCUUUCUUCUAACCAGAUUAUCAUUUAUUGGAACAUAUCCGGACAGAUCACGGAAGGAUGGAGCGAUACCGGCAGGUUUGACCCAGACCAGGGUUAUACUGUUAGAAGUCAGGUGCGGGUCCCAGUGGAAACCUGGGUGAGCGGCGGAGUCUGUACCUGCAUCGCACAGCUCGGGGGUACGGGAAAGAUGAUAAACAAGAGCGUGUCCCAUAACACAAAUAAACCCGUUCAAGGCUGGUGUCUUCCUAUAACGUUACUUCUUGGGCUCCUUGUCUUCCUGGUUAUCCUAAUUAUUAUUCGGAUCUCUAAACAGCGUAGAUCAGGAAGCCAUCGUCAAUUGGCGACGCGCCAAGUACACGGCACUGCGGCUCAGUCUCAAGCGCCGAUCCUUUACGCCUCCCUCGAUUUCGCUGCAUCAUCUUCUCCCUGCAGAUGAGAAUCUGGUUGAAGGGUUGCGAAGAAAUGGACCGAAUUUGGGAUCACACUAAAAACCACUGAAUGAACAUCUGGCACUCCUAGAUUGACAAGAUUUGUACGGGCUGUAUGAUAUGUGAAUAGAAUGUUGGGCUAACAUUGAUGUCGUGAUUCUGGCAUAUUUUAAACCUUAAGUGCAGAACAGAGGUUUAUUGCAUAGUGUAAGUCUCAUCUCAAAGCUUUCCUCUGUGUUAUCAUUUUGAAUUUUCCUUUAUAUAAAUCAAAUACAUUGUAACAUAAUAAACAAAACUAUAUUGCAGUCAUUAAUGGUCACUUCCGUCGUUAUUCCGCAUGUGGUUACAAAUUACGCUGCAGCACAGUUAUUGUACAAUGCGUCAUAUCGGAUUAACUUUAUAUUUAUUGUACUUCUUUGUGUUUGCAUUGUGUUUUAUGCUGCGUCGGAACGAAGCAAUAAUAAUUUUGUUCGAUGUAGCUGACGAAUGACAAACUCUUGAAUCUUGAGCUGUAGAGACCGCUGUUCGGACAAUAUCCGAAGUAUUUGGUGAAGUUAAACACCGGCAUCUGACCA